AAAAAGAAAGGGUGGAAGGAGCAAGGGAGACCAAGAGGAAGAGGAGGAGAGACAGAGCGUAAUCCAAAAGAUACGGCACUUGGGACCAUGGAGACAAAAGAGAACCAAAUAGAAAGGCACAAAGAAGGAGAGAGAGGGAAAACAAAAUUAGGAGUUUAGGAGAGAGAGAGAGAAGUUGUCAGGCGCUGUUCGUCGCAGAGGAGCCUCCUGGACAGGACCCAGGACCACCCCCUACUUCCAAACCCUCAACCUAACCCCCCCUCCCCUCCAACACACUCAGUCCACUGACUAGGAGGAGUCUUUACAUUUCUCUAGACUUUCUCCUCUCUCCUCUCCUCCUGUCAUCCUCUUCCGGUCCACCCACUGCGUGGUUGGAGAAAGAGACAGCCCGGCAAAGUGUGCUUCAUGGGAGCGUCUCUGGACCCAUGGCGUGCUACUACAUUGUGAUUAGCUCCACCCACCUGCGCCAGGGCCACCUGCGGAGUGUCAAGGGGGUGUUUCGUGGACCGCUCAACCAGGAAGCAACCAGAAACCUGCAGCAUGCAGAGCGGGAGACGGUGGAGGGGGCUGGGCCUGACGGGGCAGGGCCUGAGGGGGCGGGUCCACAGGGCCGGAUGUCUGGCUUCCACUGCCAGCUGUGUGACAAACACUACCUCCACUCCCAGCAGUACGACAACCACAUCAGCUCCUACGAUCAUGCCCACAAACAGAGACUGAAGGAUCUCUACCAGAGAGAGUUCUGGAGGAACGUGGCGUCUAAGAGCUGCAGAGACGAAAGGAGGCAGCAAAGGGCCCUGCGUCGGAUUCACCAGCUAGCAGAGCAGAGGAGGGAGGCAGCAUGCGCUCCAGGCAGUGGCCCCAUGUUCAGGAGCACCACGGUGACCCCAGCCCCCUCUGGCCCCGUGCAGCAGCCCCCCCACAGCGGCACCUUCUCCUUUGCCUUCCCCCGCAGGCCUGGCCCUCGCCUGGAGCCCUCCGCCCCGGCUUUCACUGACCAGGAGGAGGUGGGGCUUGGCAGGAUGCAGGUGCCUGCCCUCCCCCUGCGAGCACCCACCCCCACCCCUCCCGACCCUGGCCCCAGCAGAAAGGCUGCUACAUUACCAGCCUGGCCGGGUGAGGUUGCGCCUCCUGGGGAUGGAUCUGAGGGUCAGAGGUCAUGCGAGGUGUCUGCUGGGUCUGGGGACAGUCCGGUCCUGCCCUCCACAGCACGGAAGAUCCCCCUUCCUGGCUGGCCUGACCUGGACCAGCUGGGUCAGACUGAAGCCAGACAGGAAGUGGGGAGGCCUGGAGGAAGGGAACCAGAAAGGGGCAGUGCUGGUGCCACCAGCCCGGGGUACUGCAAAGUUCUCAGCAGAGAUGGGAAAACUGUUCUCCUGUGGCCCUCAGAAAUGGUUAGCUUCACCAGAACUGGCCCCUCAAUCUCCUACAGUUGCAACCCUCUCCUUUAUGACUUCAGAGGCUGCAGAGGGAGGCAGGCAGAGGCAACAGAAGUAGAAGACAAGAGCUUUGGCCAUGGAGGUGUUCCUGAAGCACCUUCUAAUGUUAGGAAUCUUCUAGAUCCACCCUGCAACAUUGGAGAUGUACUAGAUCCCCCCUGUAACCAUGAAUGUGUUGUAGAACCAACCUGUAAAGACGAAGAAGUUCUAGAACCUAUUUGUAGCUCUAGGCAUAUUUUGGAAGAAACCUGGAACCCCAUAGAUGUCCCACAACCACCUUCUAGCAAUGUUCUACAACCACCCUCUAACCAUGGAGAUGUUUUAGAACCUAUGUAUUCACAUAGAGAUGCACAACUAGACUGUAACCAUGGAGAUGUAGAACCAGCAGAUAACCAUCGAGGUGUUCUAGAAACGUGUGUGUUCCAGGGACGGCCAGCCAGCUCAACGGGGCCUAGCAAGGGGCUCGAACACAUCUAUGGUUGUCAUCGUUGUUGCUGUUCAGGUCCGUCCCAGACAGCCCUGUCAAGGAGGAGGAGACGGGGGAGGAGGAGGGGGAGGAGGAGGGAGGGACACAGGAGAGGGUUGACUCACAGAGGAAAGCCCUACCAGCCCUUAGUUGGGGAGCUCCAGGCUGGCAGGCACAACGCUUUGAAGGGCUGGCCAGACCUGGGGCUGGUGCCCGGGCUGGAGUUCGAGUUGGAGCUGGGGCUGGAACAGGGCCUGGGGCUAUGGGCCUCUCCCCUGAACCAGAGUCUGUCCAGAAGGCUGAGAGAUUGGAGUUCCUACCCCGCCCUCACACAUGACCACACAAUACUACAACCUGGCAACCACAUCCCCAACAACACCCUACCUCAACCUGGCAACCGCAUCCCCAACAACGCCCUACUGCAACCUGGCAACCGCAUCCCCAACAACAACCUUUUGAAACCUGUCAAACAAAUCCUAGAACACAACUUCAUCAAACCUGCCAACCACCUCUUUGAAAACACCUACCUCACACCUGUUAAUUGCAUCCCCGACUACACCUUUGUGCAAUCUAGCAACCGUAUCCCUGAUUAUGCCGUCCCCCUGUCAGAAUGGAGCUUUCCUCCCCCAGAGCCUUUCUCCGCCCUCCUCCCUCGACGUCGGUCCUGCCCUCCCCCGGACUCCACCCCCUGGAUGUAA